AUGAAGUUCUUCGCUAUCCUCUCGAUCAUCGCACAGCUCGCCGCUGCUGCUCCAGUCUCCGAAGAAGCUGCUUUGGAAGUCCGCCAGGUGGGCUCCACUCGCAAUGACUUGGUCAACGGCAAUGCUGCCAACUGCCCUCGCGUGAUCUUCAUCUUCGCUCGCGCUUCCACUGAGCCUGGAAACAUGGGCAUCAGCGCGGGAACCACUCUAGCCGACCGCCUGGAAGCACAGUACAGGAACAAUAUCUGGGUCCAAGGCGUCGGCCUCCCCUACACAGCCGACCUAGCAUCCAACUUCCUCCCCCGUGGCACCAGCACCGCCGCCAUCGGAGAAGCAAAGCGUCUCUUCAACCUCGCCGCGCAGAAAUGCCCCAACGCUGCCAUUGUAGCAGGCGGCUACAGCCAAGGCACCGCCGUAAUGGCCGCCUCCAUCUCUGAGCUCAGCACCGCAGUGAAGGACCAGAUCAAGGGCGUCGUUUUGUUCGGAUACACGCAGAAUCUGCAGAACAGAGGCGGCAUUGAUGGGUUCCCCGGAAGCAAGGUCGAGGUCUACUGCCAGGUCACUGACACCGUGUGCUAUGGCACGCUAUUCAUCCUCCCUGCCCACUUCUUGUACACUGAUGAGGCGGCGAUUAACGCGCCGAGGUUCUUGAUCAGCCGUAUUGGGUAGAUUCGGUCUCGAUGGAAGGGAUG